AUGGCUUUAAUGAGAGGUCUCUUGGGUGCAAAGAAGAUCUUGAGCCGCUCUGUGAUGGCUACUACACCAAAAGGGUUUCUUGCGGUGUAUGUUGGCGAGGACCAGGUCCAGAAGAAGAGAUAUAUAGUUCCUGUCUCAUAUUUGAGCCAGCCUUUGUUUCAAGCUCUGCUCAGUAAGUCUGAAGAAGAGUUUGGGUUUGAUCAUCCAAUGGGUGGCUUAACCAUUCCUUGUCCUGAAGAUACUUUCAUCAACGUGACUUCUGGGCUAAAGGGAAGAUGAUCCGAGGAGAUAGAGAGAUUUAACGUUGUCUACUCCUGAGUUAGAGAUAAAUUAUUCAAUGUAAAUAGGUCAACCUUUUCCCUCGUUCUUCCUGAGAAAAAGAGUUGUUCAAGAGGUUACAAAGCUCAAAGUAAAUGAAUUUUCUGUUGUAAAAGUGUUCUAUGCUAAUUGAAGAAAGGUUUUUAAAAAUAUAAUUCAUCUUGAAAACUUGGAUUGCUCGAGUGUGAAUCAAUGAAAUGAGUUGAAACAUGUUUGUCUACACUAACAGGUUUACCAUGUUGCUCUUUUCAUAUAUUAUUCAAGAAUUGGCUGAUUGAUUGUGAACAGAUAUUCACUGUUUAAGUCAGUUCGUCGAAGUAACGAAAAUACAAGUGUCUAUCACCUUACCAUUUCAAGAGAACAAGAAACAUUCCGGUCUUUGAGAUUUGAUAUAUUAAAUCAUUUUUUCACAGUUACGUGAGCGGUAAGACUGAUGGUAAAACAUGUUUUAAGGACUGAUUAUCGAAAGUUGAGGAUCCACACAUUCCCUUGGAAAUGUAAACUUGAGCAUGAUUUUAACUUGGGUUAUUUUAAAGUUGUAAUGAUAUUUUUUUUUUCAAUGACUGAUCAAAAAUGAAUAACUUUAACAUGAAUUAUGCUGUGUUUAUAGCAUAAAAAUUAUAUUCCACUUUCAAAUUUUAGAACUCUUCCGGGAAGAAAGAGAGGAAAAAAAAACAAACUAUCCUCUAUUUACAAGGAACAAAGUAUAUCUCUAACUAGAAGAACAAUAUGUUUGAUCAUCAUCAUUGGAGCCUAGACGUUACGUUGAUGAAGAUAUCUUCAGGACAAGGGAUCGUUAAGCCACCCAUUGGAUGAUCGAACCCAAACUCUUCUUCAGAUUUGCUCAGAAGAGCUUGAAAAGAAGGCUGGCUCAAGUAUGAGAUUGGCACCACAUAUCUCUUCUUCUGGCUCUCUCCUACGUACACCGCAAGAAACCCCUUUGGUGCCGCCGAGGUUGCUCUUUUGCUUGUUGCGGCUCCAAGAAUCUUCUUGGCACCCAAUAGAUUUCUCACGAAAGCCAUUUCUAGUUUCUUUUUCUGAAGCCUCGAAGAUGUAUGAAAAGAUUCAAGUUAUUGGAUAUAUUGCUUGUUUGCUGGUUGAUGAUUUUGAAAGAAUCGGUAAUGUUAUGUGUAUAUAUAGAAAGAUCAAUGAAUGAAUUCGAACCUCUCUCAAACUUGUGGUCUUGAACAAUGGGACAAACUAGAGCAGAGUUUCACAUGGUAUUGUCUGAACCAACUUGAAAAAGUUAUAGGUCAAUGCAGUUUGUGGUGAUAAGAUUAUUAAUUGAAUGUAGGACAAUAAACUAAAACAAACUCCAUAUGUAAUACACAAGGGCUUGUUUUCUCAAUGUUUGUUUAGAUAAGACAUUUGUUUUGUCAAUAAUAAAGACCAGCAAGUUUCUGUUCUUCAUGUUCUGUGGUGAUCAUAUUCCCUCAUCUUUGUGGUCUAAAUAGAUUUAGUUAAUGAGAAUUUAAAGUGGGGACAUGAAGUUUCUCAACAGCAGAACAACAAGUCUCUGUCACAGUUUAAGUUGUUCUUUGAUUAUAUCCACAGAUAUGUAUCACACAUGACAAGUUAUACGUACAAGAUUGAAUAACUCAUGUCUUCUCUUCUUUUAUUAUACAGACAUGAGAAAACAAAAGAGAUAAUGCUCGCUAGCUUUCGUUUCUUGUCUUCUAUCAUCAUAUCUUAGAAAACAGAACCAUGUGAAUAGAGGUAUGCGUAUGUCUCAUUCUUUCAAUGGUUCUAAGGUGGUUUCAAAGUCUUUUAACAAUCUAUAUAUACAUCUUAGGGCAGUGAACCAACUCUUCAAUACAAACCUUGAAUCUGAGCAUCUAUUUGUUUCUCAGAAGCUUCAAAUUUCAAUUUAAAGACACAAGAAAUGGCUUUGUUCAGAGGUCUCUUGAGUGCAAAGAGAAUCAUUGGCCUCUCUGUAGGGGCUUCAAGCAAAAGGACAGUUUCAGCGCCAAAGGGGUUUCUUGCAGUGUACGUUGGUGAAGACCAAGUCCAGAAGAAGAGAUAUCUUGUGCCAGUAUCGUUCUUGAAUCAGCCUUCUUUUCAAGCUCUUCUAAGUAAAUCUGAGGAAGAGUUUGGAUAUGAUCAUCCAAUGGGUGGAUUAACCAUCCCUUGUCCUGAAGACACCUUUAUCAACGUGACUUCUCCGCUUCAGUGAUGAUGUUCCACAAGAAGAGAACACUGACAUUAGUUAGAGAUAGAAUCAUUCAAUGUAUAUAUGUUAACCCUUUCCUCUUUCUUUGUCAAAGAGAGUUGUUUCAAGAGGUUACGUAACUCAAAAUGUUUUAUGCCAUAUUUCUAUGUAAAGACCAUGGUUUCAUUUACACAAAUUGCAAAAAGUUUUCUGAGAAAUUUGUCAUCAUUCUUGCAUUCACAAUUGUCUAUGUAUCUAUAUUUGUAGCACGUGAAUGUUAUGAGACCCAUACAUGUUUUUGUUUCUGAUAGACACAAACCAUUAUACGGGGAGGAUGUUUUCUUCAUUAAGAUUCUUCUCUUAUGACAAAUUAUCUUUUAAUAUGAAGAUUACCAUCCCAGUGAUCUCACUACACAAUCAAAUUACCCCGAGGUCGCUGACCUGCAGAGGAUAACCUCCCUUAAGACAGAUGGUUUGAACAGCUCAGUGAUUUUGGAUUCAUUGGAUCAAAUGACAAAAGCUAUAAAUAAGAUAAUAAUCAUUCGGUUAACUCUUUACACACGCUGCAACAAACUCUCUGAAGAAGUAAAAGAAAAAGGUGUAUAUCUAUUUACAAAGACUGGUUAGGUCUGUUUUAUAACAAUAACAUUAUGUUGGAGCCAAGAUACGUUAUACUGAGUACAGAGAACAGAGUUUCACAUGAUUGUGUGUUUCAGAUGGUUGUGUAAUUCAGAUGUGUUAAAUCUGGAUUGACUGUAGGACAUGCAACAUGUUCUUCAUUCUCUGUAAUGAUUCUCUAGUGAGUUUUUCUUCAUAUUCAUAAAUAUCAAAACACAUGUCAUUACAGUAGUAUGCAGAGGCACACCAAAAGUAAUGAUCAAAUAAGAAGACGAGAAGAAGAAAAAAAACAAGAAUCAGAUAGGUGUCGCACUUUCUUGUUGAAUGGUUGCUCCAAAAUGUAUUAACAUGAAUCAUUAUCGUGUCUAUAACAUUCACUUUCAAAAGAUUAUAGAAUAACUCUUUAAACAAUAAAGAGGUUAAAAAAAUCUCAUCUAUCUACAGGGAAAGUCUAUAUCUAACUAGACUAACAAUAUGUUUGGAUAAUCAUCAUUGGAACCGAGACGUCACUGUGAUGAAUAUAUCUUCAGAACAAGGGAUUGUUAAGCCGCCCAUUGGAUGAUCAAACCCAAACUCUUCUUCAGAUUUACUUAGUAGGGCUUGAAACGAAGGCUGGCUCAGGUAUGAGAUUGGCACCACAUAUCUCUUCUUCUGGCUCUCUCCUACGUACACAGCAAGAAACCCUUUUGGUGCCGCCGAGGUUGUUCUUUUACUCGUAGAAGCUGCUGUUACAGAGCGGCCAAGAAUCUUCUUUGCACCCAAUAGACUUCUCACCAAGGCCAUCUUUUAAACUGAAAGUUUGAUUUCUUUUGAUGUUUUGGAAGAUGUAUGAAAAUACUAAAGUUAUUGGAUUGCUUGCUUUAGGUUGAUGAUAGAAAGAAUGGCUAAUGUGUACAUAUAUAGAUAGAUCGAUGAGUGAGUUAAAAUCUCUCAUUGAAACUUGUGGUCUUGGAUCGUGGGACAGACUAGAGCAGAUCACAUGGUUCUGUCCUUCAUGUUCUAUGGUUGAUUAUAUGUCUUAUUCUCUCAUUUACGUAGUCUUAAUGGAUUUAAUAAGAACUAAUAGUGGGGACCUGAAGUUUCUCAACAACAGAACAACAAGUCUGUGUCACCAUUCAAGUUGUUCUUUGAUUAUAUUUAAAAAUAGGAUUACAGACAUUUGGAAACCAAGCCCUUGUGAAUUGACUAUGGCGAUUAUCCAAGUAGACAAAUUGCAUUAAUGCAUCUUUUUGAGACGGUGAAGACAGAACCAUGUGGUGCUUUGUUCUAGCCUGUCCCACACAAUUGUAGACAACAAUUUUCAAAGAGGGUUCAAACUCAUUCAUUGAUCUUUCUAUAUAUACUAUACACAUAACCUAUUAUUUCUAUCAUUAACAAGAACCAAGCAAUAUAUCCAAUUACUUUAAUCUUUUCAUAAAUCUUCACGAGCCUCAAAAAGAAUUUCAAACUUUAAAGAAAGAGAUGGCUUUGAUGAGAAGUCUACUGGGUGCAAAGAAGAUUCUUAGAGCGGUAACAAGCAAAGGGGAAACCUCUGCGACACCAAAAGGGUUUCUUGCGGUGUACGUAGGAGAGAGUCAGAAGAAGAGAUAUGUAGUGCCAAUCUCAUACCUGAGCCAACCUUCCUUUCAAGCUCUACUCGGUAAAUCUGAAGAAGAGUUUGGGUUUGAUCAUCCAAUGGGUGGACUAACGAUUCCUUGUCCGGAAGAUACAUUUGUCAAUGUGACUUCUCGGUUCCAGUGAUGAUUACUUGACUAUCAAGUUUUGUUAUGGGAGUUAUAGAAAUCGACAUUCAUUGUAAAUAGAUGACCUUUUUCUCUCUCUUCUUCAAAUAUUUGUUCUAAAGUUUAGAAAGUGAGUGCCAUUUUUAUGCAAUAGGCACUAUCAUGUGAAUACAUUUUGGAACGAUCAUAAUACAUUUGAAGAACUUAUAACAAAUCAUGUGAUAACUAUACAAGUCAGAUUCUAUAACAUCCGGAUCCGUGGCGCAAUGGUAGCGCGUCUGACUCCAGAUCAGAAGGUUGCGUGUUCGAUUCACGUCGGGUUCAAACUCCCGAACAUUAUCCGGAAUUUUUUUUUUUACCUCCGGUUUUGUCUUUUGCUUUAUACUUGGAAACUCUCUUGGUUUGGUAAUCUAAUUUCACUUAACCGAAACUCUUAGAUCCGGUUUGAAAUCGUCCGUGAAUUGUUCUCUGUUUGAAGAAGAGGCUUGUUAGCUUUCAUUGUUUUUUAUUUUGGUUUCACAUGCAUUUAUCUUGGAAAACAAAACAUUAAGAAACUCUGUUGUCAUGUGUUCCUGUUUUAUUUUAAAAGAUGGAUUCAUACUUCAUUCACAAAACUAUUAUUAUAAUAUGAUAUCUCCAACGAUUCAUAUCAUCAACGAGAAUAAAUCAAAGAACUUCAUUUUUCAAAUGGUCAUAUUCACAUUGAAUAAGGAAAACAGUUAACAUAUGUACAUUGAAUGAUUCUAGCUCUGACUAAUGUCAGUAUUUUCUUCUUCUGGAACAUCAUCAUUGAAGCAUAGAAGUCACGUUGAUGAAGGUAUCUUCAGGACAAGGAAUCGUUAGUCCACCCAUUGGAUGGUCAUAUCCAAAUUCUUCCUCAGAUUUACUGAGGAGAGCUUGAAAAGAAGGCUGGCUCAAGUAUGAGACUGGAACUAUAAAUCUUUUCUUCUGUCUCUCUCCAACGUACACCGCAAGAAACCCCUUUGGCGCUGAAACUGUGCUUUUGCUUGUAGCCGCUACAGAGAGGCCAAUAAUCCUCUUUGCACUCAAGAGACCUCUAAACAAAGACAUUUCUUGUGUCUUUAAAUUGAAAUUUGAAGCUUCUAAGAAAUGGAUAGUUGCUUAGAUUGAAGGUUUGUAUUGAAGAGUUGGUUCUCUGCCUUAAGAUGUAUAUAUAGAUUGAUGAAAGACUUUAAACCGCACUAGAACCAUUGAAAGAAUGGGACAUGUACUCUAAUCACAUGGUUCUGUUUUUUAGAUAUGAUAGAAGACAAGUAAUGAAAGCUAACGUGCUUUAACUCUUUGUUUUCUCAUGUCUGUAUAAUAAAUGAACAGAAGAAAUUAAGUAUUCAAUCUUUUACGUAUAAAUGUGAUCAUAUUUGUGGAUGUAAUCAAAGAACAACUUAACCUGUGACAGAGACUUGUUGUUCUGCUGUUGAGAAACUUCAUGUCCUCACUUUAAAUUCUCAUUAAUUAAAAUAUAUUUAGACCGCAGAGAUGUGAAAAUAUGAUCACCACAGAACAUGAAGAACAGAAACAUACUGGUCUUUAUUAUUGACAAUAGCAUAUGUCUUAUCUAAACAAACAUUGAGAAAACAAGCCCUUGUGAAUCGCAUUUCAUUUUUAUUUUCUAGUCCCACACUCAAUUAGUUUCCAGGCUGUAAAGACAAAACCAUGUGAAACUCUGAUCUAGUUUGUCCACUUCUUCAAGACCACAAGUUUCAGAGAAGUUCAAAGUUAUUCAUUGAUCUUUCUAUAUAUACACAUAACAUUACCGAUUCUUUCCAUAUCAUCAACCAACACACAAGCAUUAUUCCAGUAACUUGAAUCUUUUUCAUACAUCUUCAAAGGCUUCAAAAGGAUUCAGACUUUCAUAAAAAAAGAGAAACAAGAAAUGGCUUUCGUAAGAAAUCUAUUGGGUGCCAAGAAGAUUCUUGGAGCCACAACAAGCAAAAGGGCGACCUCAUCGGCACCAAAAGGGUUUCUUGCGGUGUAUGUAGGAGAGAGCCAGAAGAAGAGAUUUGUGGUGCCAAUCUCAUACUUGAGCCAACCUUCGUUUCAAGCUCUUCUGAGCAAAUCUGAAGAAGAAUUUGGGUUCGCUCAUCCAAUGGGUGGCUUAACAAUCCCUUGUCCUGAAGAUACUUUCAUCAACGUGACUUCUCGGCUUCAGUGAUGAUUAUUCUUCGAGUUAGAGAUAGAUUUUGUUCCUUGUAGAUAGAGGAUAGCAAUUUUAUGCUAUGUACACAACAUACAACAUGAUUCAUGUUAAUAUAAAUUUAAUUUUAUAAUGAA